AUGGCAGCCCGCCUGGCCUCCUCCCUAGCCCUCGCUGAUAGGAAAAACUCGGUGGAUCUGCACCUGUCCAAGGGGUUGAGACAACCCGAAGCUUUCAUGCUUGGUAAGCUACUUAUGGCGAGGGAAUACUCUCGCAGAUCGUUCCUGGGAAUGUUCUGGGCUACAUGGAGGAUUAAUGGUAGCCUCCGAGUAGAGGAAGUCGGAGAAGAUGAUGGAGUUUUGUUCACCUUCACAGACCCAAAUGAUGUUGAUCGUGUUUGGAAAGGUGGACCAUGGGGCUAUAACACAACUCCGAUAGCCCUUGCUCCAUAUGACAGUGUCAGCCCAGCAGUGGAGGUCGAAGACGCAGUCCAGUUCAUAGUGCAGUUCAAGUAUGACAAGAUCUUUGGUCGUUGCUGCACCUGUGGAUUGGUUACUCAUGUUGGCCUCCCCUGCUCUGGGCUAGAGCUAGUUGAAGAGACUGAUACACCGGCAGGGACAGUAGCACCACCCACAGCUUUGGCUGCCCUACGGGAACAACUGGAACUGCCUGAACCAAGACAAAAUGAAAAUCCAAUUACCGGACUGCGUAGGAUUAGAGAAGAUGAUGAGGUAACAAUCUCUCCUAAAAAACUCAGUUUGAGCCUUGCUAUUGGAAAAAAAAAUGUGGAUGCAGUGAGCAUGAGUUUGAUAGAGGGACCUUCCAAUAACAAUGAACAACCCAAAAGGAAGAGGGGAUGUCCUAUUGGCAGUGUAAACAAACUACCAUAUGCGACAGCAGGCAAAGGGAAGAAUGCAAAGCCAGAUGGAGAAUCUGACAAGAUGAAAAGCCAGAAGACCAACCUGAUGCCGAGAUUGUUGGUUGCUGAUGAGACUGAGCAAGUACUAGCUCUAACCCUACGGGGAAAGAGAAGGUGCUUGCUUAAGUAUGGCGCUGAAGUAUAUAACAUAACUCCUUCACACCCAUUAGCAGAGGGACAAACUCUAGUUUCUCCUGGCCAAAUAUUCGAAAUGGGCUUCUUCAGUCCUAAUAGUUCUGCCAAUAAGUAUUUAGGCUUGUGGCACAAAAAUAUUUCUCCCCAUAAAUAUGUGUGGGUGGCUAACAGAGAUAAUCCUCUUCCAGCUACAGACACCUUGGCUACUUUGAGAAUUAGCAGCAAUGGAAAUCUGGAGCUCAUGGAUGGGAAACAGAGUUCAGUCUGGUCAGCCAACAUAUCUAAUUGUUCAUCUGCAGUUCUGUUCGAUAAUGGAAACUUUGUUGUCAAAGAUGUUAUGGGAGCUGAUUUGUGGGAGAGUUUUAAUAAUCCUAGUGACACACUUCUACCAAGCAUGUUGAUGGGAUAUAAUAGUGGUUCUGGAAAACGGAAUUUCUUGACAUCUUGGAAAAGGGAAAAUGAUCCAUCACCAGGGAUAUUCUUGAUCGGACUAUCAACAAAGUUUCUGGCACAAGCGUAUAUUUGGAUUAAUGGAUCUACUCCCCACUGGAGAAGUGGGCCAUGGGAUAAAUCAAGGUUUAUUGGUAUGCCCCCCUCAUCAAAUUCUCUGUAUCUAAAUCCAUGGACUCUUGAUGAUAAUGUGACACAGGGAACAAGGUAUUUAUCUUACAGUUUUGAUAAAAUUCCUGGUCACAAUCUUGCAUAUGCCGACAUAUCUUUUGAAGCUUCUGAAUCUCCAAUUUGCAAGUGUUUGAAAGGGUUUAUACCCAAGUCAAAUGAGGAAUGGAGCAAAAGAAACUGGACCGGAGGUUGUUUAAGACGAACGAAGUUGUCUUGUGAGACCAACGCAAAUGAAUCAGUCUCAUCAAAAGGAAAAGAUGGGUUUUUGAAGUUGGAAAGAUUGAAGGUACCCGAUUUUCAUGAAUAUUCAGGUUCUGUGGCUCUAGCCAAGUCCGAGGACUGUAAGUUACUGUGCCUGAGCAAUUGUUCUUGCCUGGCUUAUGCUCAUGUUAAUAACAUAGGGUGUUUGAUUUGGUCCAAAGACCUUAUUGAUAUGCAGCAGUUUCCAUCUGAUGGAGAAGAUCUUUACGUCCGCCUAGCACGCUCAGAACUAGGUGAAAGAAAACCAGUAAAAUUAACUGCCAGCCUUACAGUUAUUGGAUUUUUGAGUAUCGUGGUUGCUAUAGUCUUCAGUUUGCACAGGCGGCGUGCUAACCAAAAGCGACACCUUGAAGUAAUAGCACAGGGCUUGGAAUCAACUAGUAUGAUUAGGAAUCAUAGAGCUGGUCUUCGAGAAUAUAUAGGAAAGCGUGAUCCCUCGCAGCUAAAGAUAUAUGACUUUGAUAGCAUACUAAUCGCCACAGACAACUUCAGCAUCACAAACAAACUCGGGCAAGGAGGCUUUGGCCCAGUUUAUAAGGGGAUGCUACCAGAAGGGAAGGAAAUAGUAGUAAAAAGACUAUCUAGUUGCUCAAGACAAGGUGUCGAAGAGUUCAAGAAUGAGAUGUUGUUGAUCUCAAAUCUUCAACACAAAAACCUUGUUAGGAUGAUGGGUUGCUGUGUUAAAGAGGAUGAGAAGUUACUGAUUUACGAGUUCAUGCCAAACAAAAGCUUGGAUAGUUUUCUAUAUGAUCCGACAAAGAGAGCUGUGCUUAAUUGGGCUACACGCUUUAAUAUUAUUCAGGGUAUUGCUAGACGGCUUAUUUAUCAUCAUCAUGAUUCCUAUGUCAAGGUGAUACAUAGAGAUUUAAAAGUUAGUAACAUUCUUUUGGAUGAGAAAAUGAAUCCAAAAAUCUCAGAUUUUGGAUUGGCACGCAUAGUUGAAGAAACACAAAGUCUAGAAAAUACUCAGAAGGUUGUUGGAACAUGUGGCUAUAUGUCUCCAGAGUAUGCCAUGGGUGGGAUAUUUUCUGAAAAAUCUGAUGUCUACAGCUUCGGGGUCUUGGUAUUAGAGAUUAUUAGUGGCAAGAAGAAUACCAACUUCUGUUUAUAUGACCAACAGUUAGGCUUCCUUGCCUAUACAUGGAAGUUGUGGAAUGAAGGCAAGGCAUCGGAUUUGGUAGAUGAAGUAUUGGAUGAUUCAUAUUUCUCAUCAGAAGUAAUGAGAUGCGUGCAUGUUGGGCUUCUUUGUGUACAGGACAAUGCUGCGGAUAGACCAACCAUGGUAGAUGUAGCUUCAAUUCUAAGCAGCGAGAAAGACGGUUCACUUCCAAAGAGGCCUGUAUUCACUAUCCAAAACUCAGUUUAUCAUUCUGGACCAUACUAUGAAAAUACAAAUUCCUCCAAAAAUGAAGCUAGCAUUACCAUGAUUGAAGGACGUUAA